AUGCACAUUCUGCCAUACGAUGUCACUGUCCUAAUCUUCUCCUUCAUUCCCCGUUACGAUUGCAUCCAGUGCUUGUUUGUGUGUCGAUCGUGGAAGGACGCGGUGCCUGUUUACACUGAACGGCUCUGGCACAGACUCUCACUACAAGGAUCCAAAGACUAUUCGCGUGAAUUAUCCUUCUUGCACAAGUGUUUUGGGGUGCAUGUCAAGCACGUGAGCAUCGUUUCAAGUCGACAAGAUGGCCGAUUGGAUAUCCUAUUGCGAAUGCUUCUAGCUAAAGGCUGUACGAAUAUCAAGUCGUUAGCAUUGGAAAGAAGUUACUUGCCUUAUGACACCACCUCCUUCAUCGAUUGCUUACAACGUUUUCGGCAUUUGACGAGGCUAUUGAUGAAUUGUCUGUAUCUCGGUGGAGAAUUGACCGAUCUUCUUUCUGCUCUUGUGCUCAAGUGUCCCACUCUGACACAUAUUAUUUUACAAGAUGUAACAGCACACAAGAUUACAUUCGAUCCCAUGACGCCCUUACAACAACCCCAUCAACGGACGUCAUCAUCAUCAUCAUCAUCAGCUGUCAAUGUAAACACCAACCUCGUUUUUCUCCAUGUUAGCUAUCGAUGGCGACAAUGUAGUUUCCGACACCUGAUACCCAUCUUGAGCCGUUGUCCGAAUUUGAGAUACCUAAGUGUGGCAGGAGAAAAGGACUUGGAUGGCGUGAUCUUCGACUAUUGCCCAAAGUUGGCUUAUAUCGAUUGGAUGUUUUUCACCACGAGACACAAGCUAUCAUGGAUACACCAUCAUUGGCACCCUGACAACCGUAUCGUGGAAACGGGGAUACAGGAUUUGUCUUUAUUUUCAUAUUCAAAUGAUAUCAUUGACGACAUCAUACGACGCCAAUUGACACGGCAUAUCCGAAGAAUGAGCCUUGAUGAUAUGAAGGAUGAGAAUGAUACAAUUACACGUCUACUACAACAAUGCCCCUCUCUGCAAACGAUCAAUCUCCCAAGUAUAAGCUCCAUUCAAUUACUUGAUAUGCUUGCACGGCUGACACAAUUGCGGGAAAUCAACAUGCGAGUGGUGGGACAACAUGCUGCAAAAAGCUCUCAACUUGCACGUUUUUUCAGUCAUACACACUCGGCCUCGUGUUUACAUUCUGUGCACCUGGAAACGGAUCAAGCGUUGUCUUCUGAUGCUAUCGUUGCUAUGGUCCAUCACCUGCCAAAUUUACGCAACAUCUCCUUACGUCCUACGGAGCUCAACGAAAAAGAAUUGCUAGUGCUAUUGCAUAGGGUUCCUUUGUUAGAGACAUUACGAGUCGAGAAUAUCAAGCCUUCAUUAUCUCUUUCAUUCUUUCGUCAAUUGAUCACUUUACCACAUCUUGACAGCUUUCAUGCCGCUUAUACCCAUUUGAGCUCAGCAGGGAUUUGCCUGUUGGCUGAUAAGAUGGCAAAUACACUUUUCUCUCUAACGCUAAGUCCCUUUACAACCGAUAAUCCUCAAUGCAUUAAGUAUACAGAGCAAAGACUCAAGAAAGGCCGAUUUAGAUACUACCAUCAAGAACAUUGUUGA